AUGUCGGAGAUAAUUGAUCCGCUAGCGAACGUCAACGAGGAAGUAUACUUCUCCAAAUUCAAAACUUUCCGAUUUGGCAACCAGAGCACAGUAUUUGCUCAAUGCACAGUGCAAGUAUGCCUUGAUGGUGCGGAAUGUGUACAGAACUGCUUCAAACGGAUAUCGAACUCAAAUCUGACAGCUGAGCGACUUCGAUUCCGUCAUCGAAGGUCUCCCAAGCUACCCUACAGCAAAACCGAUUUCUACGAGCAAGUAUCUGUACGCGAGUCAUUAACGAUUCUUGAUGAGCUGGAAACAGAAGAAGGUAAUCUUGUGAUUUAG